AUGGCGAAGUUAAACUUAGUGGGUCUUGUGGUGUCGCAAGGCAAAAUGGCCAAGACCGUCAAGGUCAGAGUCCAGGGAAAAGUUUAUGAUAAAAGAAUCCACAAAGAGGUCAUCAAGAGAAAAGAUUACUUGGUGCACGAUGAAGGUAACCUCUGUAAAGAAGGAGAUAUAGUUAGAAUUGAGGCCAUACCUAGAAUAUCGGCCAGAAAGACGUUUGCCAUAGCCGAAAUCAAGGUCAACAAGGGUCAGCAAUUCGCCUUGUACGAGACCAUAGCCCAAGAGAGAUUACAGCAGCAAGAACAACAGCUUACCGACCUUUCCAUAAAGAGCAGACAAGAAGUGGAAAACACCAUAACCAAGAUCGAGGACUUGAAAAUCUUGGACAAGCUUGUCAACAGAUACCAAAGGGAGCCCGAUGCUGAGGAACAGAACAAGUUGGUGUCGGAAGUCAACCGUAUUAAGGAAAAGUAUGGCAUCAAGUCGUGGCCAUCCACCGAGCCUAUCGUCGAGUUAGAGCUCAAUGCUGCUGACAGGGAGAUCAGUGAAAUCGAAAGAAGAACUGCCAACUUCGGGGCAAUUUAUGAAAAGUACAUGACCAAGGAGUGGGAGGAAGAAAGAAACAGAAUAUUGAGUCUGAUGACCAAGACCCCGGUCGACCAGCUUGCUAAAAACACGGCCAAGAACAUCUUGAGAAAGUAUGUAUUGGAUGUCAGAAACGAGUGUCCGGUGUAG